GUUGGACUGAUAGACAGACGCCAUGAGGGCUCCACUGCUCCUGGGGGCCCUGCUGGUGAGCCUGGAGUCAGCGGUUUCGACUCCACCUUUAAAAGCCCCCAAGCAGCAUAAGCUCAUAGAGAGCGAGCACACAGUGGUUCUCACUGUCACUGGGGAGCCCUGCCACUUCCCCUUCCUGUACCACCGGCAGCUGUAUCACAAAUGCAUCCACAGAGGCCGGCCCGGCCCCCGACCCUGGUGUGCUACCACCCCCAACUUCGAGAAGGAUCAGCGAUGGGCAUACUGCCUGGAGCCAAAGAAAGUGAAAGAUCACUGCAGCAAACACAACCCCUGCCAGAAGGGAGGGACCUGUGUGAACAUGCCAGAUGGCCCACACUGCAUCUGUCCAGAUCCCUUCACUGGGAAUCACUGCCAGCGAGAAAAGUGCUUUGAGCCCCAGCUUCUCCAGUUCUUCCAGCAGAAUGAAAUAUGGCACAGGUUUGGGCUGGCAGGUGUGGCCAAGUGCCAAUGCAAAGGUUCGAAUACCCAGUGCAAGCCACUGGCCAGCCAGGCCUGCCCUACCAACCCGUGUCUCAACGGGGGCAGCUGCCUGCAGGCGGAGGACCACCGCCUGUGCCGUUGCCCCACCGGCUACGCGGGACGCUUGUGCGACUUGGACCUCAAGGCGAACUGCUACGACGACCGCGACCGCGGGCUCAGCUACCGCGGCGUGGCCCGCACCACGCUCUCGGGUGCACCCUGUGAGCCGUGGACCUCCGAGGCCACCUACUGGAAUAUGACCGCAGAGCAAGCGCUGAACUGGGGCCUGGGCAACCACGCCUUCUGCCGCAACCCGGACAACGACACCCGCCCGUGGUGCUUUGUUUGGAGAGGCGACCGACUGAGCUGGAAUUACUGCCGCCUGGCACGGUGCCAGGCGGGGCCCCCAAACCCUCCUCCGACCCGGAUCCCCUCUGGCGACCAGCACUUGCCCUCGCCCUCGCUUUCCUCUUUGCAGUCCACGACCGAGGCCCCGCUUCAAUCCCUGACCCCAGCCUGGGCUUCUCCCACAGGCUGGUGCUCGCCGCCCGAACAGCAGAUUCCCCUGCCCGGCGUGGGCCCGGCGGGAUGCGGACAGCGGCUGCGCAAACGGCUGUCCCCGCUGAGCCGUGUCGUCGGAGGACUGGUGGCGCUCCCCGGGGCCCACCCCUACAUCGCCGCGCUCUACUGGGGCCGAAAUUUCUGCGCCGGCAGCCUCAUCGCCCCUUGUUGGGUGCUGACCGCGGCUCACUGCCUGCAGAACCGACCCGCGCCGGAGGAGCUGACAGUGGUGCUCGGCCAGGACCGCCAUAACCAGAGCUGUGAGCAGUGCCAGACGCUGGCCGUGCGCGCCUACCGCCUGCACGAGGCCUUCUCGCCCAUCACCUACCAGCACGACCUGGCUCUGGUGCGCCUGCAAGAGAGCGCGGAAGGCUGCUGCGCGCACCUGUCGCCUUUCGUUCAGCCCGUGUGCCUGCCGAGUAGCACCGCCCACCCGGCCGAAUCCGAAGCCGAGCUCUGCGAAGUGGCCGGCUGGGGUUACCAGUUCGAGGGGGCGGGGGAAUAUUCCAGCUUCCUGCAGGAGGCUCAGGUGCCGCUCCUCAGUCCCGAGCGCUGCUCCGCCCCCGCCGUGCACGGAGCAGCCUUCACCCGCGGCAUGCUCUGCGCUGGCUUCCUUGAGGGCGGCACUGACGCGUGCCAGGGUGACUCUGGGGGCCCUCUGGUGUGUGAGGAUGAGACCGCAGGGCGCCCCCUCAUCCUGCGAGGCAUCGUCAGCUGGGGCUCCGGUUGCGGCGACCGCUACAAGCCGGGUGUGUACACCGACGUGGCCAACUACCUAGCCUGGAUCCAGGAGCACACCUCUUUCUGACCGCCUGGGACUCAUCUUUCCCUCCUGGGCAAUUCUGGGAUGGAAGCGUGGCUGAGGCGUGAUCAUGGAUAGCAAGGACUGUGUUCCAUCCCCCCCAACCCCCCCAACCCCA